AUGGAGUCAUCGAAUAUCACGUCCGGACUGCCAGACGACAACGUCACCCAUCCCUUUACCAGUCUCAGUAGACUGAAUAUCGAGGCGCAGAGGGUACUUGAGAGACUGAACCAGAGUGAUGACGCACGGAAUCAGUAUAUCCUUGCCCUUAAUCUUCCUCAAGCCAUUCGCAGUCAACCAGAUGAAAACAAGAAUGUCUUGCAGGGCAUUAAUUUUCGGUUGAUGUUUGACGGAACCAUCAAGAUUGUCCCGUCCGAACCUCAUGAGACCGCGACUUCACGUCUCCGCGAGAACAUAUCCCUCUCUGCCGCUUUGGCUGGGACAUCGAUGGAUGACAUCUUAUGGAGUGGGAAGACCACUCACAGGCUAAGCUUGGCUGCAAACAAGGGCAAGCAAGCGGAUGAUUUGAAAUGGUGGUUUGAGAACUCCCAAGGGGCCGUUCGCACCGUGAUUCUGCUCAGCAUUGAACGGACACGGAAGACCAUUCGGUUGGAGAAGUGGCAGCUGAGCCCUCCCGGUCAGUCCGUAACUCCAGCCCAGGGUCUGCGCAGCCAGCAGAUGACCAUACCGCCAAUACCACCCCUCGGACUCCAACAGGCAGCCAACCAGCCCGCCUUCAUAGCGCAGAUAGCUACUAUUACACCAACCAAUGCUACCGGAAGUGUUCCCGUUCAUCUUCAUUACCAGGCUCUAUUCAAUCGAGCUCCAGGCCCAGGUCAACCUGACAUUCGCCUCGACGCAGCCUCACUGAUGAGGGUUGGUGUGAGUUUUCAAUAG